CUCCGUCUCUCUUCUUCCCCCACUCCAAACCUCCUUCUUAGCCCAUUGUAUUACACCUCUUUAACGUGAAUAAGACCGAGCCAAAUCUGAAUUCUGGAUCAGCUUUAUGACGAACUGAAAGUUCUUGUCAGGUCCGACUCUCCAUCACAAUUAGUCCUCUACGCAUCUCCAGGUUAGCAACCUACGCCGUCCUACGUCCGCGGCCAGGUCAACGGCCUGCCAACGUCAUCGUCUCCCUCUCGUACAGCCUUCCCUCUCCACACGCCAACAUGUCCACACUCAAGCGCAAGGCCGGCACGCUGUCCGCCUCCGACAGUAAGAAGCCCAAGCAAGAUGGGAGCAUCAUGUCCUUCUUUGGGGCCCCGAAGCCGGCGGCCGGCAACAAGGGGGCUGGUUCCACCGCAGCAGGUGCCGCCGGUGCUGCGGCCGCUCCUGAGGCGCCUGCGGUCAAGUUUGACAAGGCCAAGUGGGUUGCCGGACUGACGGCCGAGCAGAAGGAGCUGCUGCAGCUCGAAAUCAGCUCGCUGCACGAGAGCUGGCUCGCCCUUCUCAAGGACGAGGUCACCAGCAAGGAGUUUCUGGACCUCAAGCGCUUCCUCAACAGGGAGUCGGAUGCCGGGAAGAAGUGGUUCCCCCCAAAGGAGGAUGUGUACUCUUGGUCCCGUCACACCCCUUUCAACACAGUCAAGGUCGUCAUCCUCGGCCAAGACCCCUACCACAACGUAAACCAGGCCCACGGUCUCGCCUUCUCCGUCCGCCCGCCCACCCCGGCGCCCCCCUCUCUCAAGAACAUGUACAUCGCCCUGAAGAAGGACUAUCCUUCCUUCUCCCCGCCCCCCAACAAGGGCGGCCUCCUGACCCCCUGGGCCGACCGCGGCGUCCUCCUCCUCAACACGUGCCUGACGGUGCGGGCCCACGAGGCGAACUCCCACGCCAACCGCGGCUGGGAGCGCUUCACGCAAAAGGUCAUCGACCUCGUCGCCGCCAAGCGUUCGCGCGGCGUUGUCUUCAUGGCGUGGGGCACGCCCGCGGGCAAGCGUGUCGUCAAGGUCGACGCCAAGAAGCACCUCGUCCUUAAGAGCGUGCACCCGAGCCCGCUCAGCGCGUCGAGGGGUUUUUUCGACUGCGGGCACUUCAAAAAGGCAAACGAGUGGCUCGUUACCCGGUACGGCGCUGGCGCCGAGAUUGAUUGGGACCUGAGCGGGACGACGAAGACGGUCGAGGCCAAGGCUGUUGCCCCGGCGGAGACCAAGGUCACCAAGUCGAUCGACGUUGACGAAGAUGAAGAGGCUGAGAUGGCUAUGGCUGCGGCUGCGGCUGAGGCUGAGAAGGAGAAUGAGAAGGCCAAGGAUUCGCCCAAGGAUGAUACCGAAGAAGAGGAGUAAUGUGAAGAGGUUACGAUGAAAAAGAAACGGCACGGGGAUGACGGGCUACGUAACGGGCAAGGCGGGCGUUUGGUAAAAUCACGGUUUGGAAUGAAAACGAGCAAAACGCCGCUUGCCUUUCGAGCCUAUCUUCUAGGAAAAGGGUUUGAACGAUUUGACGACACUUUGUACACCAGGGCACUAGAUGAUACAGCCUGAUACAGGUACAUGAGGGACCCACGCUUUAGAUGCGAACAUGCUGGGUCAGAUGAUGGAAUUAGCUACUCGGGAC